AGACAGGGAGUGAAGAACAAGAAAGGUCACUUUUUCCGACGUGUCAUAUUCAUCUUUUGCGAAGAGCAAUUGUUCAAGAACAAGAUUCAGUUAUUUUCCUAAGAAGAUCUAUUCUUUUCGUGUCUUGUGUCUGGUUGGUGUCACGUCGACACACAAAAACAUCAAAUCUUUCUAUCGUUUCAUCGUGUCAAGUUUCUUGUAGCGCCCAGCGAAUAUUGUUUGUUCAGUAGCUUGAAUCAAAUAAUACAAACUGAAUUUUUUUCUCAUUUUCAUCUUUCAUAAACGGUUCCACCAUCACUAUAAGUAUAGAACAAUCUUUAUUACUAGUUACUAGUAUCUUCAACGAACAACUACGUCAUUCAACAAUUUUGAACUACAUCAUUCAACAAUCACGACCUGAAGAUCAACUUCGGGACUCCUCGUAGAUCUCAUCAACUUUUUUUUUGCAGCAAAAUGGGACGACUUCUCGUCUCCUUUGUCGUUUGGCAACAAUUGAUACUACCAAAGACCUUGUUUGUACUCGCCAGUAAUACACACGAUAAGGAGGCACAACCAGUGGAUUUUCCAGCUCAAGUUCAAGUGGAAGACGGAGAAGUGCCCCAACCUAGUUGUAUCGUAGAUGAGAACGCAAACGCAUUACUAGAUGAGAACGCAGAAGGCCCCGAAGUAACAACGGAAGGUCUCUGCCCUGCACUCGUUCGAAAGUUGACCCGAGAUGACAACGACUGGGAGCGCGAUGCGCAACCAUUUCCCGAAAGCAACUUCUGGAAUGACGAGCAACAAUGGAUGCUUCCUUCCGCUCAGUGGGAGCGGCCGCUACAGGUGACUUUUUCUUUUUAUUCUGAAUAGUUAUAAUAUAUUUAUUCGUUUUAGUACAAGUUCUUGUAUUCUUAUCAAAGUGGUUUUCUGAUAUUUCAGCAUGAUCAGGAUAUGGAUGAGCUACUCUAGUUGUACUACUCAAUAGAGGUCGACGAAUCGAAAUGAUGUUGAAGAUGCUUCUAUAGACCAAAUAUACACCACGACCAGGUCGAAACAAGUCCAGGAAAGGACCAUCUGUCUCGAUAUUCACCAUCUUGGGGAUCACUUCGAAGCUUCGGAGCAGCCGAGCAUCAGCAUCACCCUGAGCAAACCUCAACGAACAAUGGACCAGAACCUCAAGGAGACGAUGCAGCUGCCAGAGAAAAUAGCUUUCUUUAUCGACGAAGAAACUCAGGUGCGUUAUCUUUGCAUUUAGAUGUAGUGACAGGGCGAAGCGAAGGCGGCUCACGCUCAGAUCUUCAUGCUGAUGCUGAAGAAGAGUCGCGGAUCAUUCAUCGUGGCACGUCCUUUGGCACCGGUGGAAGCUCUUUUGGUGGGGAUUCAUUUGCUUUGCCGCACUUUGAUACCUUAAACCAGGACACGCAGUAUUCAGGUUCAGCGCAUGAGGACGUCGCACGUCCUGUAGGAGUAGAACAAGAAGGAGAGGGAGGAGAUUAUCAAGCAGGGGAGGAAGAACACCGUCGAGGUCAAGAAGGUGGUGCUCCUUUUGAAGGUGGGUAUGGUCCGGCACAUGAUGAACAACGAGUAGAACCACGUCAGGUCGUGAUCGAGCGCGCAGCGCAGAGAUAUUUGACGGAGUUAAAGCGCAUGUUGUCCGAAUGGUUGAAGGUAAAAAGUUUCGAACAGGAUAGGCAAAUUGAGGGUGCGAGGGUAGCCGCAAUUUAUGAGUUGGAGAAAGAGGCCAAAGAAAUUCUAGGCAAAAAGCUGUGGCAACAAGUCUGCAUGCUUGAGCGAAAUCGAAUGAAACAGAAUCAAGAUUGGAUAGCGAUGCAUGGAGUUGCCGAUGGUGGAGCCGCAGGGAAGCAAAAAUCACAAGUAGCGACCAGCGCACAAUCUGAUUACGCAGCGGCAGCAGAAGAUUCAGGCUCAACAGGCUAUACGCAAGGUUUUGAUCUAAUGGGACUGCUCAGCGGACCCAACGGGCUUUGGCCCGUUGAUAGCAUCCGAGCUGGCCUCGUGGACAAGCUUUGGACACACCUGAAAAAUCCCAGCGGUGACGAACACCCGCCUCCUCGCCUAAACUUCGCCAAAAUGAGUGUCGCUAGCGUGCUGGGCGAGAUUCUCCGUCGGAAGCUCUUCGUUUUGGGUACAUGUGGUUCUGCCUCCACUGAGCAAGAUGCGAUCCAGGCAUUGGGCCUCCAUCAUCAUCAAAGUGAGACACAUGGAAAAGCACCAGUGUGGCAAGGAGAAGAGGCGUCAGUUGCACAACCACAACAAGAUCAAGUAGAGGUCUCUACUACAGUUCUCGCCACGCCUCCACCACAAUCGCGCCCUCAACGAGACGCUUUGGACGCUUUAGAGGAACUACGGGAUCGAUACUGCUCACAAGUCUUCGAUGACAGCUCUGCUGCACUUCCGGAAGGCUUGGAGGAUUGUGCUGGUGCGGCUGCGUUUGAUGGGAAUAAACAAGGUACUUAAAGAACUUAUAUUAAUGAUUGAAGGUCUCCUUGUUCCUUGUUACUAAACACCGUCUAGUCCAUCCGUUAUUAAUGAAGUUGCAGUACGAGUGUGCGUUCAAUUUUUCUACAUACUCAACCUUCUCGCUUUGACCUUGAGACGUUUCUGAGGCUGAGCUCAUCUGCUACAAGUUAGUACAUCUGAACCAGGUUCCUAUGCACCCUGCAGCAAGGCUGUCGCAGAGAUUCCAGUAAAAAUGCCCAUUGAAGAGGACAUCGAGAAAAGUGCGGCUCCGCCUACCCUUCGUCGUUCGUUGGCCUUCAUUGAGGAACCGUCGGUUCCUGGUGAGCACGCCAGCCCUUUGAAAUCAAACUGUAUUGGCCCUGCAUUGAAAAAGUGUCGAGCGACGAGUGUGCCAACGUUAUGACUACCAGGAAUGUGCAUACUCUGAGUUGUCACUUCUUCUAUUUAGGCAUCACUCUUCGAAAAAUGAUAUAUUUAUAAAUAUACCUCUGACUCACUCAUUUUGCAUAAUAGCUCUAACAACUGCCGUGAAAUCUCAACCGGCAACAAAACCAAGCAUGGCGAAGGCUCCUUCAGCCCCUGAACCUAUGGCUUCUGUGGAGGAGCCUAGUAGAGCCGCGACGAAACCUAUGCCUGGCGGGAAUCCUGUGGAUCGGCCUAGUAGAGCCGCGACAAAAGAUGAACCUCGUGGUCCUGCUACAUCUCCUCAUUCGAUGAAAGAUGAACCUAGUACGACUACGUCCCCUCAUCCAUCCUUCAAAGAUGAAAUGGCAGCACCGUCUUCUCUCCAAUCCAAUAAGCCGCUAACAACAAGUCCUGAACAAGAGCUAGCGCCAACAUCUCCGGUUUCUUCCUCGCAGGAUGCUUCUAUAUUAAGGCUACCGCUGAAGCAUCUUCCUACAUCAUGCUCCUUGGUUUCUUUUUCAAGGGGAAAAAGACUCCGGGAUGAGCUCAAGGAUGCGACGUGGUAGCUCUAACUAUACCGAGAAGUGGAAUGGGAGCAGUCAAUCAUGAGGCAGUGGGAACCAGAAAUAGAAGGGCUACAGGAUCGUGGAGUGUCAGAUCGACUGGUGGGGCGGUUCCGAUAUCACGUUUGGCUGCUCAGCCGCCUCAACAAAUACUAAAUUCUUCUCGUCAACCACUCGCACCCGCAACACCAGCGGGCCUAGAUUUUCUGUUUCCAAGAGCGCUACAAGGGCCACCUCAGCGUCGUUCCACCGACACAAGAGGUGGUAGAAUUGAAGUCGUAGACUUGACAGAAGAUGACUUCUGAAAUAGUGCUUAAAACUGGAUCCGAGAGUUGUUGUAAGAGAUUAAGAAGACAGUACUACUACUAGCUGCUAGUUGUACACACACGAAAGCUUCUUGGUAUCUAUAAUAAUAUAGAAGUACAACUAUUAAAGACGAAACAGUAAUUCAAGGGAACUUUAGGGCUCAGAAAUUGAUAUCUUGCUUCUGGGUACUAGAACUAGUAUUGAAAUGCUGAAGAUGGUUGUACUAGACUUUAGUAAAUAUGAGGAGCAGCAAUUACAUGUACAUGCACGUCUCAAAUUUACGUCGUAUCAUAAGAUUGAUCCAUCGUCAUCGAAAUAUAGCUCGACCACCUAAUCUAAUGAAGAUUUGCUGAUACUUAUAUAAAUAUAUCCUGAAAAAAACACGAGAAAGACAGAGCAUGGAGUCAAAGCGGACCAUCCUUGAGAUCAUCGCACACCAUCCAAUUCGAAAAGACAUUUGCCUGCCACAGGACUCAUGCCUUGUGAUGAUUUACCAAGUAGGUCACAGAUUUGCUAAUGCUAAUAUUGCUACUCGUUUACUACAAAGUGCACUUUGUUUUCUGAAAAACAAUUAAACUGCACGAUGUCCUUCUCGACGAAAAGAGAAUCAUCAAUAAUUAUAAAGCAAUGUAAUAUUAAUGUAAGGUUUGUUCACUGCGUUCUUCUGAGACUUCUGCAUGUUUACUUGCAUCCUGUGGCCCAACCAAAGCAGCUUCUACCAACUCCAACCAUUUCCAACUUAGUUCUAAUAAAGUGUUGAAUAUCGGCAUCUCUUUUGAUUUGAAGAUAGUGGUGCUACC